AUGGCGGGCGGCGAGAACGACUGGGAGGUUAAGGGCGGCGGUCGGCGCAACAAGAAGCAGAAGCCGUCUCUGGUGUGGACAGUCGGAGGCAAAGGCGGAGGCUCGUCCUGGGUGGGGGCGGGCCCGAGUGACUCAUGGACGUGCGGGGCUUGCGGUACAGGUGCGAACUGGAGUACGCGUACGUCUUGUCGUGCCUGUGGCGCGGGUCGCCCUGGGUACAAAGGCAAGGGCAAGGUCACUUCCACGCCUGAGGUGGGGCAGUGGCUCCGCACCUCCUUCCCACCGGUGGCGGCCAGGCCUUGGCGUGCGGCUGCGGAGGCCAAGGCGCCUACGGCUUUGCAGAAGCUCGAGGAGCGCAGGAAGGUCCUGGUCCAGUGCGCCAAGGACUGGGGGGGCGACGCGCCUCACCUCGACCAGGCGGUGGCCGACAUCGACAGGCAGAUCCAGGACGCCAAGGCGGAGCGGACGCAGGCGAAGCCGUUGUCUGGCCAGUUGCGCGAGGCGCAGGUCCAGCUGGGGCAGAUCGACAGGCAGCUUGAGCGCUUGGCCGAGACCGAGAGGAAGGCCAACCAGAUGCUGCUCGAGGUCAAGAAGGAGAGGGACGAGGCUGCGAAGCGCAAGGAGGAGCUGGCCACCACGAUCCUGGAGCUCCAGGGGAAGAUUGCGGUGGCGGGCCCAGCGGCCCCAGCCUCCAACCUCGACGUCAUCCGAGUGCAGUUGGAGUGCAUCGCCAAGUCCGUCGGCAGCGACAUCCAGUCCCUCGGCCUCAACUUCGCCACGCUCGAGUCCCUCCUGGAGGCCAAGGCCAAGGAAGGGACAGCAAAGGCUGAGGCUGCUGAUGCUGGUGCUGCUAAGCAGCCUGGUCAGGCUGACGACGGGGACGGAACAGAAGACGAAUCCAUGGGAGACAUCGCGGGGGCUGAGGAGUUGCCACCAGGUGUCACCGAGACCGAACGUAAGUGGAUCAACGGGCAGGAGCCAGUGCCCGACCAGGAGGAGAACCCGCACCUGUUCAAGCGGUACCAAGAGGUGCUCAUGUCGGUGCAGCUGCGCCAGAGCGGGAAGACCCUCCCUUGGGAUGACAGCCGCUGGAACCCUGUGGGGUGGGAGGCGGAGAUCGGGGGGAGCGAGAGCGAACGGCACCGACGGGACGUAGUGCAGAUGGAUGAUGAGCGUGGCGAGUGCGCAGCAGCGGGAGCCAGCCAGAGGGCGGGAAGUGUGGCCAGGUCCACGCCCGCGGGGCCAGUGCGCGGCCCAUGGCCUGCGGCAUUGGCGAGGAGUGAGCACGGUGCCUUGAGGGCGGGAAGUGUGGCCAGGUCCACGCCCGUGGGGCCGUCGCGCGGCCUUGUGCCUGCGGCGACGGCGAGGAGUCAGGGGGAAGACUCGGACCAGUGGCGAGGGUACGCGAGGGUCCUGCACGACAACCGCAUGAUGUGGCACUUGGCUGACAAGGCGAACGACGACAAGCAGGUGGUCAUUGUGUGGACCUUCAACGGCUCGGGAUGGGGGACCAUCAGAGAGAAGCUCUUGGAGAAGAAGGUGGGGCAGCAGAAGCACAUCUACGCUUUCCAGGAGCACCGCCUGAAGGAGGACCAGUGGGCUGGAGUGACCCACAGUUUGCGUCAGAGAGGCUACCAAGUGGGUGGAGCGGUGGCGGUGCCCACGCUAGGCGGCAUCGUGGUGGCGACCGUGUACCUGUGGACGGCCGAGCAGAUGUCGCGGCGGAACAGGGGGCUGAUGGACCACGUGUUGGGGAAGCUGCACGAGCUCAACAUGCCGUGGGUGUUGUGCGGGGACUUCCAGAAUGCCCCUGCCGUCCUGGCGGGUUUGGAUUCGAUCAAGCUCAUUGGCGCGACGCUGGUGGCCCCCUCUGUUGCGAGCGGAACUUGUCGGUCUGCGAGUGGAUGUUCCACAAUAGACUAUUUCGUAGUAUCGAGGGAGUUGGCAGGCCAAGUGAGGAAGGUGGCCAUCCACGAGUCUUGGCCUUCGGCGCCGCAUAAGCCAGUGGGGAUCACGCUCGACCUGAGGCCGCAGGAGAGGAAGGAGCGGAUUCUCGUCACGCCGAAGAAGUUGGAAGGAAUCGCCAUCGGGUGCGCGCCCGAGCCGCCCGUAUACAACGAGGUGGGGGUUUUCAGCGACGUGACGGUAGCGACCAGGACCUGGGCCUCCUUCAUCGGCAAGCUGGAGCGCGAGGCUUUCGCGCUGCGGGGGCUGGAGUGGCACCCCAGGCAUGAGUGCGCAGGGCGUGCGGAUCCACCGCGCUGGAAAGAGAGAGCGAUCCUCAGAGGAGGCGGCAACCACCCAGCCCCGCAAGGAGACGCUCUGUGGUGGCGGUGGCUCGCGCGCUCCUUGCAGACCCUGGCGGGGAACUACGAGAGGCUCAGGUCGUCUUCGGGUAGUGCCCGUGCGCGCCAGGAGUGGUGCAUGAUAGCUAGUGACCUGGAGGAGCGCUUCAGGAGCGUGAGCCACGAGUUCAGGUGUGAGCUGGUCGGCGAGGAGAAGGAGCGGUGGGGAGAAAGGUGUACCCUGCUAGCGAAAGGGCGCUUGCGAGGUGCUGACCAGAAAGCCAGCCUGGACGCGAUGAUCCUGGAGGCCAAGGAGCGGUCCAAGCGGGAGGAGUUGCCAGAUUUCACAGAGAGCGACUUGGCCAAGUUAAAGAAAGUGGCGCGCACCUUCAAGAGAAGGACAGCUCAAGGAGUGGACCGCUGGCACCCCGCCAUGUUGCAAGGGGCUUCGGACGCAGCGCACUGGACGCUCCUGCAGAUCCUGAGGGAGGUGGAGCGCACGCUCGUCUGGCCGCAGCAUGCAGCCACGGUCGUUUUCUUCCUGAUCCCGAAGAGUGUAGCGGUCGAUCGUGCCAUCGGCCUCCUCCCGACCCUGGUGAGGGUGUGGGAGAUCAUGAGGGAGCCCUACAUGGUCGAGUGGGCCAAGGCGAACCAGCGCUCUUGGGAUUGCACGGCCUUCGGCAAGGCGGCGGAGGAUGCGGCUUGGGAGGUUCUCCUCGCCAACGAGGGCGACGAGGUGCAGGACUCGGACCCGCGCACCCUAGCGACGGUGACGGCCAUCCUUGACCUGGUCAAGGCUUUCGAGAGGGUGAGCUUGCAUGUGCUGUGGGAGCGUGGCAAGGCCAUGGGUUUCAACACGGGGGUGCUGGCGGUGGUGUGCUCCUACUUUGCCAUGGCGAGGCGAGUCAACACGGGGGGGGCCAUCUCGGAGGAGACGAGGACUGUGGCUACGAUCACCGCGGGCAGCAAGUUCUCGGUGGGUUUCCUCAAGAUGGUCAUUCAGGACACGAUUGACGGUUUGGUUGUGGAGUACCCACUGGUGCAAUGGAGGAUGUAUGUUGACGACUUGUGCCUCAAGCAGCGAGGGGCGCAGCAGUGGAUCGUGGACAGCUUCCCGUCCGUUGUGGACGAUAGCGUGGACGGCUUCGCGGCCCUGGGGCUCGAGUUCUCCUUGGGCGACCAGGGCAAGGGGGCGGUCAUGGCCAGCACCAAGUGGCUGAGGCAGGCUCUCAAGCAGGAUGCAGCAGAGAGAGGGUUGCCUUUGGUGCUGGCCUGCCCCUACCUCGGAGUCGACGCGGUGGCCCACGGGACGGCGGCAAAGAACAAGAGUGGCAAGAGGUUCAAGCGCAUGAGGAACAGGGUCGCCAGGCUAAAGGGGCUGAAGGGCUCAGGCAAAGGUGUGACUAGAGGGAUCGGCUUGGUGUACAAGUGCGGCCUCAAAAGGUCGGUUAUGCAUGGGUGCAAGUGCCUGGGCAUGCCAGACCACCAGCUGCAGCAGGUAAGGAGAGCGGCAGGCCAUUUGCUUCCAGGUUCGAGAGGAGCCAAGAGCCUCACCCUGCAGUUGGCGGUGCUGAAGGAGGACCCCACCGAGGAGGCCACGCUUGCGCCAGUGGUCAGGUGGGCGAGGGCCGUCUGGGAGCAGGCCGUGGCAGGAGACCUGAGAGUGCUCGGUGCAGGGGGCCAGGGGCAGGCGCCACCCUGUCGUCAGCAGGCCUUCUGUCCUGAGGAGGGUGCCAGGCUCAGGGAUGCCCUCGGUGUCUGGACGGCUUUGUGGAUCAAGGAUCUGAGGGGCGAGAAGCACCAGCGGCAGGAGGACUGGAGCCAGUGGAGUGUUCCCUUGGUUGCGGAGUACCUGCAGGAGGCAGCGCAGGCAGGCCUCCGCAGUGAACUCAGGAGGGAGGCGGCUGCCAAGGCCACAGGCGGAAGCUUGCCCCAGGAGGAGGCUCAGGAGGCGGAGUGUCUUGCUGCAGAGGUGUGUCGGCGGGCGUGGCGGAGGGCGUGCUGGAGAAGGCGUGCAGCCUUCCGCUACCUCGACGUGCUCGACGAUGAUUGCCGCGCCCAGGUCAUCUCGCAGUACAGGCAGGAGCAGGUCGCGCUGCAGAAGGUGGUGCGGCGGCUGCUGGUGUCGAGAAGGGCGCAAUGUCCUUGGGAAGCAAGCGAAGGAGGCAUGCAGGAAGAGGAAGGCUACCUCGGCGUCAGCACCAUUGAGAGCCUGGUCGAGCUGCUGCUGGUGGCGGGCAGCCAAAUGGAGAUCGCGGAGGACAAGAUAAGCAGGAGGACGAGGGUCGGCAGUGAGGCUGUCCUCCUGAGCGAGCAGAUGAGCAACGCGUGGAGGCAGCAGCAGAAGGAGGUGGGCAUGAGCCCGCAGUGGGCCAAGGUCAAAGGUCCUGCGGGGGCGGUCAUCAUGUCACUGAGGAGAGCGAGGUGGACCUGGCCGUCGUGGACGGUCUACUGCACCAUGGACGGCGAGAUGGUGGACCUCACGGCGGUGUGCCCCGCUGACGUUGGGGCGCUCCUCAGGGCUGACCUGCGCAAGGUGCUAUGGGAGCAGUGGACGGCGCAGCAGCCAGGCAUGGAGAGCCUAGCCCCAGGCCCGAGGCUCCCGCCAGUGGCGGCGCAGCUGGCCGCGCGGGCUUUCCCUGCGCAUGCGAAGCGGGCGGCUAGGAAGGUGGUGCUGGCGGGGGCCUGGACCAUGAACAGGCUCGCCGAGGUCAGCAUCACGCCGACCGACAUCUGUAUUGGGUGCGGGCUGGCGGUCGGCACCCCGCACCAUCGUUUCUUUCGGUGCCCCGCGCUGCUCGAGGUCAGGAGGCGAGCGCAGGCGGAGUGGCAGCACGCGGCGGAGCAGCAGGAGGAUAGCUUGCUCUGGACGCGCGGGCUGGCGCGGGACCCCUCGGCGGACUGGGCCCACAGGACGGUCGACGAGGCGGACUUCCACUGCGACGUCCUCCAGGGGACGGACGCCCUCCUGUCGGGCGACAUCGUGUGCGACGGCUCCAAGCUGGGCACCAGCUGCUGGGCGCAGGCGGGGUGGGCCGCGAUGGCCAUCGAUGCGGGAGGCGCUCCCACGGUGCAGCUCUGGGGCCCCCUGCCAUGCCGAUUCAAGGGGCAGAAGACGGUCAAGAGGGCCGAGAUGUGGGCCUUCUUGAAGACCUUGGAGACGGUGCUGCCACCGUGCAGGAUCUUCACGGACCACCAGGGCAUCCUUGACGGCAUCAGGAGGGGGCCGAGGUGGUGUUUAAGCUGGGGAAGGCCGCACGCGGACGUUUGGAGGAGGAUCUGGCACAAGAUCGCGGACGUGGGGCUUGAGCCAGAAUGGGUGAUGCACGUAAAGGCCCACAGGUCCAGAGCGGCCAUCAGCAGGCUCGAGGGCUUGGCGCAGCAAGUGGCCAGGGGCAAUGAGGCGGUGGACGCCCUGGCCAAGCGUGGGGCCGCGGAGGACUUCGGGUACGGCAGGGGGCAGACCCUGGAGAGCCUGGGCGAGAAGGUGAAGUGGGCCAUCCAGAACAUCGGCUGGUGGUACCAGGAGAUGAAGGAAGGGUGGCCCGACGUGCCGCCCAGGACGGGGCCGAGCAGAAGGAGGAAGCAGCAGAGGCCCUACGUCAGCCUCACGAGGCACGAGGCGGUGGGCCACCAGUCCAGCGAGGAGGGGGGCUCGCUGGAGGUCACCUCGGAGGUCGAGGUCGCCUCGGAGAUACAGGGAGGAGAGGUGGGUGAGGCCCGCGGGCCUCGCGGGGCCGCACUGAGCUCAGUGCGGCAAGCCUCCAGCGUGGCGGAGUCCGCGGCGCUGGAUCUGGGGUGA